AAAGUUUGUUUGCAAGUGUCAAAGUCAAUAAUAGUCAACUUCAAGGAUCUGUGUAGUUUCGUUUUUAAGUUUUUUAUCAAUAUAUACAAAAGAAUAUCAUAAUGUCCGACGUAGAUCUAGCGGAAUUAAGGAAGCAAUGCAUUACGAGCUUAUAUUUAUGUACGGAUAAUAUAUCGAAAUAUUUGGACAAAGACAAGGAUGCGGAGUUUAAAAAAUUACAAAAUUGUGUAAAGAAGUAUUGUUUACUAGAAGCUCAGCAAGAAGUCGCAGUGCAGGCUCUAGAAAAAGCAAAGAGAGAAACAAAUACCUCAAAUAUAGAUACAUUGGAAGAGCGAUUUAACCAGCAACUUAACAGUCUUGCUAACAAGCGGAACAAGCCUGACCAUCAUCCCUACAUGCUAGAACUAAAGAAGAGAUACCAAAUUGGUAACCAAAGGGCAAAGCAGAACUUGGAUGAAUCAGAUCUGGCGAUAACUGAAUCACAAAAUGAAUAUUUGGAUCCAAUAACAAAAAGGCCUGUCACUGAUCCAGUGAGGAAUUCGAUGUGUGGCCACAUUUAUGAUCGGGAAUCUAUUAUGAGUCUUAUUAACAUGAGGAAUAAAACAAAGUGUCCAGUGGUGGGCUGCGGCAACAAUUUACCAGUCCUCAAACAGCAUUUAAUAUCUGAUGACGAGUUGAAAUUCCGUCUCACCCUCACGCAGCAUUCCACUAUGAUACAGGAGCCAAACAUAAUGGAUUUAGAUAACACUAUAGAGGAGUUAUAAUGAAAAUCACAUGAUCAACAUUCCCAUAACAGGUUAAAAUUGUCUGCUGAGACAAUUUGAUUCCAAAGUAUUCAGACUUGAAUACUUUCUACUCUGAACAACAAUCUUAGAUAAGUUACUUUUUUCUUAUUCAAACACUAAAUCAUUUGCUGUUGUUAAAAUAAGUAUAAAGAGUGAAAUGUGAGUAGAGAUUAUUGUUUUAUAAGUUUAUGAUGGAUAAGAAUAUCUGCCGGAGGCAGCCUCAAUUCAACAUUGCAAGCCCAUUUUUUGUUUUGGUCAAUUUUAUAUUGUUUUAAUAAAAAAAAUAUAAGUCCA